AUGUGGAACCCAAGACAGCUUAGCGGGAGCAGACAGCUGAGCAACCAGUCUAGCCGGUCGAGCCGUACAAGCCAAAAUAGUUAUGCUAGUGGCAGCUACAGCAGUAUCGGCAGUAUGGGCAGUUUAGCCAGUAAGAUGGGCAGCAAGUUCCGUAGUAAACUUGGCAGCCACUCCAGUCGUAGAGACGUCGAAUUCUCGUUCUUUAUACGACAGAAAGAGGCUCUAUAUCCACCUUGGUGGACCCGCGAAGGUCUAGUCGACUGGUUCCGAGACCUGCCUGAUGAUACAUUGUGGAACUGUUACAUCUGCGUCUGCGUGCUGGUUGGGGUCGUGUGGACUCUCACGCGGCUCCAGAAUAUAUACCUGAACAUCCUCGACGUCAUCUAUAACAUUUCCUACGCCAUCCACAUCUUUGCUAUUGGGUAUAAGAUCAUCGGCGAAUCGGAAAAUACCGAUAUCACUUAUGGGAUUAUUCUGGGUUUCCUCAUCGACUUGGGAUCGUUUGCUCAUUAUGUGAAAGCCUACAGCCCUACUUUCACACUGGCUUGCUAUUACGUGCGGUUUCAUAGACCUUACAAAUACCUUUGGUCAUUAAACGACUUUAAUUUGAAAGGCAGUGUAUUGGGGACAGCUCUGAAGUACUGCUAUGUAUUCAUUGUGCUACGGAUCACUUGGGCUUACAUAUGGACACAUGUAGACGGGUCAGGAGGAUCUUUAUAUCCGGAGCAGCAUAGAGAACAAGUCCCUCAGACUGCCGCCGCUGAGUUCCUCAAGGCACUCUAUCUCAUCAACAAAAUGUUUAUACCUAUCGGACCUUCAGAAUUUCCUGACUCUGAUAUUGAACGCCUCCUCUGCCUCGCGAUCAUGUUAUCCGGGUGCUUAGUGGUGACUGGUGCUGCUGUGGCAUCGUUGUCUCUCGUCAUCAGCCUCUACAUGAGACCCGAGGAGACCUUCCGAUCAAGAUACAGGCUCAUCAUGAAGGAUAUGAAAGAUACCCAAGUGCCGAUUGUGCUCCGCGAUAAGGUGGAGACAUUUUACAGGAUGUAUUGGCACAAAGCACGCGCUGUCUCACAGACUCGGCUGUUGCCUACCUAUCCACCUACUGUACCAGCCACCAUUAACGUCGACAUAUAUUUUGAGGCUACACAAAAAGCUCGGAUCCUUCGUGACUUAACAUACCAGAUACUGUCAGAGAUCGCGAGGACAAUGCAAACCAUCCACUACAUCCCCGGAGACGCCAUCAUCAAGCGAGGAUCUAAGAAGUGCAAGAUUAUCUAUAUCACUUAUGGAGAUGUUGAAAUGCUGACCGCAGAGGACGACACAACACCAAUUUUGCGGUUUACUCGAGGGACGGUGCUGACACCGUGUGGUUGUGCUGCUGCAGCAGCGGUGGGUACAUCCCACCUAGCUGUCAGGGCUGCCACUUUCUGCACAGCACAUGUUCUAACUGCAGCUGACCUUUGGAGGGUCGUCAACAAGCAUGCCGUCUCACAAGACCAUGCGGGACCCAUACUGGCAUCCUUCACGGACCACAUUGAAAAAGUGAAACGGCAUUAUCAGAUGAAGAUACCUGAUAAGUCCAUCCAUAAAAGCAGCAUCUUACAUUUCAACCGCAACCUCAUGUCUCUGAAGAAGAUGAAGAAUGCCAAUGGGGAGCCCUUGCUGGCUGGCUCCGAUAUCUUCCUGGAGAUCGCUGGCUGUUAUAUCAUGAGAAAUCGAUCCAGAGCGACUCAGACAGACACAUCUGACGUAAUAUGUCUGCGGCCGAUAUUCCCCUGCAUCCUGCAUCCAUCAUCAUCACUCCUGGCUGCAUGGCACGGCUUCGUAGCCACUCUCAUACUCAUCAUCUGUAUUACACAUCCUUACAACUUGGUGUAUAAGAAGACAGUGACUUUGACGUUCCGUUUCUUUGACUAUGUCAUGACUGCUGUGUUUAUUCUGGACCAUAUCGUGCACCUGUCUACUGGAGCCAAUGUUGAGGAAGGAGUGCCCAUAACAUUCGCGCAGACAUCCUCACAGCAGAUGCGCAGCCACUGGUUUGUGCUGGACGUGGUGGCCACACUCCCUAUCUUCGAGUUUGUUGGUGAUGGACAUUUUGCAGGCAUCAAUAAGCUCCUCAGGCUGCCAAAGCUAUUCCGUGUGCUCAAGAGCUUGGAGGAGAGCUGUGUGUACCAUAGCAACGUGCUCCGAUUCCUGUCCUACACACUGCUGCUCCUCAUCGCCUGUUACCUCAUCGCUUCCAUGCAACAGGCCUUCAUGUGUUACCAGUCUGGUUAUUGUUUGGUGACAAACAUGACUCAUCGGCCCUUCUGGGAUCGGAAACCACUCGACGAGGAGACAGUCCAAGAGAGGAUUAUAUUUGGACUGUACUGGUCCAUAUCGAUGAUCAAUUUUAUCUUCCACAGAGAGACAUGGGGCACAGGAAACUGGGAGAACGUCAUUUAUACCAUGGUUAUCCUUGAGAUUUGCGUCGUUCUACGUAUCUUCAUGGAGUCCGUGUACUCGGCCACUAUAAUGGUUACCACUGCCCUGAGAGAGGCUUACGACUCCCGUAUAGCGAUAGUGAAGAGUUUCCUGAUCAGGAAUGAAGUGAACCCUGUACUGAGGAAGCGGUUCAUUGAGUAUCUGCAGCUGCGGUGGUAUACUGAUAAGGCAUUCACAAUGACGCAUAAGAAUGCGAAUAUAUUCUACGACUUACCACCACAUGUGUACCAAGACAUUGUGAGCAGAAACCGUAGCAAGUACAUACUCAUCAUACCUUUCAUGAAGCUUCUUUCAAAGGAAGACAUCAGGGUGAUAUCGUCUCAGGCCAAGCUGUUCUACACCUCGCCCAACGAGAUACUACUCAAUACUGGAGAACUCUCCAACGAGAUCUACAUCAUCAAACAAGGGUACUGCGAGGUUCUCGAUCCUGUUACAAAGGAAAGAGUUGGAACGUUGACUACAAAGAAUCACUUUGCUGUUCUGAUUUGCUUACUACGUCUUCCAGCAUAUUAUACUAUAAGAGCCAUUACCCACGUGCAAGUACUCUGUUUAACAAGGAAAAUUCUUCUGGAGACUGCUCUCGAAAACCGACAAAUUAAGAAGGCUCUUGACUAUCUUAAGGCUACGAAAGAGUACCACAGUGUGCAGAAGAAGAGACCAGCGUUCAUGAAAUAUGAACCACCAGAUCCAACACCGAACAUGAUGCGGUUCCGGCUGCCAAGGAAACAUGAGCCAGACACUGAGUUCCUAUACCCUUUCACCAGACUCGGAUUCUUGUCUAUCUUACGUUACGUAUUUCCUCGGUACACCAUCCGUCCUGAUGGUAAGUACCUCCUCCGCUACGAGUGGUUCCGUGUGAGCUGCGCCAUGCUGUCCGCGCAGCUGUUCCCGCACUACACCUACCUGGUGCUGCAGUGGCCCUGGCUCUAUUACGUCACACUUUUCCUCGAUAUGUCCGCGUAUUUCGAUAUAGGCCAACGCAUGCUGAUCGGCUACUUCAAUGAGGGAGGGAUCCUGGUCUACCAUCCAUCCAGCACAGCAGCCUACUACUUGAAGGGAGCAUUCCUGAUGGAUGUGGUGGCCUGCCUACCCCUAGAGAACUUAGAAUCAGCACGAAAGGACAGUUAUGAUUACAGACUCCGCGUGACUCCGACGAAGCAGUUCCUGAUGCUGAACCGUCUCAUCCAGCUGUAUAGGAUGCCGAGCGCCAUGAUGGUCCUCAAGGAACACAUGUCAAGACAGGAUUUGCUAUUAGUGUUCCAAGCAAUACCUCUAUUCAUGACGAUGCUGAACAUGAUGACUUGCUUAGUAGUCUUCUACUCCGUGAACAUAUUUUACUCUGUUAAUGAUGACGGUAGCUAUGAUUGGCUAAUAAUGCCGUUCGAUGACGACGGAGGAUCCUGGCUCAAUUUAUUUCACGAUACCUUUCGCUUCAACCUGACGGAGACACCAUGGAAUCUGCACGUGGGGACUUACUUCUGGGUGGUGUACGAGUGCAGCACCACCGGCUAUGGAGUGUUUCAACCCAGCAACAUCGAGAUCAUGCAAGUCCUGUUCAUUGGGAUUGCCUGCAGUGCAAUGAUAAUCACGUACUAUUCAGUUCAGAUCAUCAGUAUACGUGCAAACGUCAACCAGUCUUUGGCUAGCUUCCAACAAGAUAUGAAGGACAUUAACGAGUACCUGGCUAGAGAAAAGAUAACCGGAGACCUGCAAAAGGAGACCCAGCGUUACUACGAGUAUAAUUGGGAGAAGAUGGGUGGUAUAGACUAUCUAGGUGUACUGAAGCUGUGUGACCAGAUCACGCUGCGGACUGAUGCUAUCUUGCAUAUCUACGGACCCACUUUUGUAAAGUGCCCAAUAUUGGUGAACGCAGAUAUAUCUCUACUCCGUAUCCUGGGCCGUGCAAUUCAUAGCGUAUACUUCCUCCGCGACAUGAAGAUCAUAGAACACGAUGAUAUGGUUUCUGACAUGUACUUCGUGGACUAUGGAGGAGUGGAGGUUAGGGUUGUCUCUGGAGAAAACACGCAGAUCGUACGACUUCCUAGGGGCAGUAUCUUUGGCAACUUGGAGACCUUGGAGCCACGACGCAGUCCAUACAACGUGGUGGCUACAGGUCGGCUCCAUCUGCUGAUGAUCAAGACCAGUGCAUUCGCCACCAUAGCCAAGGAUUUCCCUGAAGUCAAAGAACUAAUGAACAAGUCCAAAACUGGAAUUGGAAUGGACAACAAGAUGUAUAUCCUGGGUGGAGAAGCCAUAGUGAAGAUCAGGCGUACAGCCACGAUGGGCAAUAGGCCUCUUCGAAACAAGACCAGCAUCAUCAAGUACAUAUACUUCCAAGAGAACGCGGUGCAGAUCUACCUGAUAGCUGUGUGCCUUGGCUGUAUCUACUUGGACAUGUUCAAUGCUGGACAUCAGAUCAACAGCAAGUGGAUGUUGGUUACACUAUAUGUAUUGGACCUGGCUUUCUUUCUAAAGAUAUUCACACAGCACUCCUUGCCUUUCCUUGUUCCAAACAAAAAUAUCAAGAAGAUGAUGUUGCCUAUUAGAAAAAUGUAUUUCAAGCUGGAAUUCAAAUACGAUUGCAUAUCAGUACUUCCUAUAGAGUUCUUCAGCUUCGCUAUCGCUGACAAUAGCCUGAAGUGGAUGGUGUUCUCCUGGCUACGUCUUAACCGGACCUUUAGGAUAGCAACAGUACACAAAUGCAUAAAGCGUCGCAAAGAGAGUAUCACGGUGAACCUGACGGUGACCACGAUAGUGGCGGUGGUGAUCUGGUUCACGCUGUUCGUGCACACCACCUCCUGUCUCUGGCACUUCAUCGGCAUGAUGGAGGACUCUGUCCAAGCGAAUUCUUCGUGGAUGUAUAUGAAUUCGGGUGAAAGCCACUGCGACAACCACUACAUAUGUUCCAUGUACUUCGUGAUCACGACGUUCACACAAAAUGGAGUCGGAGAUAUUAUACCUAAGAAGCUAUCGGAGGUGAUCUUCGUGUCGAUCCUGCAGAUCCUGUCGACCAUGAUAUUCAUGGUCUACGUCGGAGAGUUCUCCAGCAUCAUCCAGUACCAGUCCUACCGGUCUUUCAGCUUCUACAGCAAAUACUUGGAGUUGCAGGAGUUUAUGAAAAACAACAGAGUGUCCCAUUACCUUGUGACAAUUGUGAACAAGUAUACUUUGCACUUAUGGCGAGAGAGCAGAGGUCUCCAGAUACCUCACUUCUUGAAAGACGCGCCCCUCUCCCUCCGGCUGAGGAUCAUGUCUGCUGCCUACCUUCAUCACAUUACCAGGCAUCAUAUAUUUGAGGAGUGUGAACCAGCUUUCUUGAGGCAACUGGUCGGUUGCUUGACACUCUAUACUUACAAUGAAGGGAUGUACGUGGUGAAAGAGAGUGAGAUCACGGAUGCAAUGUAUGUGAUACAUACUGGCAAAGUAAGGGAAACUUGUGAAGAGAUGGACGCCACUGCCGCCAGCGCCAGGGUAUACCCUGCAGGCUCCUACUUCGGCAUCAUGCAAGGAUUAUUUCGCAACACUCCGUACACUCACUCGUAUGAAACGGUGAUCAAGUCACAAGUACUCACUCUGAAACUUGACGACUGGGAGUACCUGUUGAAACAUUUUCCAGACAGCAAAAACUCUAUACAUAAACAUAUGAGGCAGUUAGGAGACGAUCACACGGACCAUGGUAACUGGCCUGGAGGUCCUCCGGUAGAUCCCACUGUUUCACCUGCAUCACUAAUUGAACCCACGGACUUAAUCGAUGCUCCUCAGCAAUACUCGCGAUAUCCAGGAGGCACAAGACUAUUUGAAGGUGAUUUUGAUGAAAAUAAGUUUGUUCACCCACCAUCUCUAGGGAGAUCACAAUCUGAUUUACCUGAAGAUCAGACAAAAUCAGAAGUAGUUGUGCAAAAAGAAGAAGAAGCAAUUGUAACCGUAGAAAAACAAAAACAAACUGGUAUUUUAACUAAAAUAGCUCACACUGCAAAGAAGCUAAUGGGUAGAGUUUCUGAUCCUGAUAUAUUAACUGCAGUAUCCGGUGAAGGUAAAGACGAGCUUUUACUCGAAGAAGACGAGGAAGCAACUGAGGCCUUACUUGCCCAGUUUGAUGCAGCUAAAAAACUGGCUGAAAAGGAACUAAAUUUAAAAAAACUCAGAUCUCGUCGAAAAAAUAUGUUUAAUGUCCCAAUAGAAGAUGAAAAUACGGAAAAACAAAUGUUUUCUUUAGAUAUAGACGAGCCUGGUCCUGAAAAAUUAGAAUCUCAACCAUUUGUAAUACGGCCUCUUCGGAUUCGCGAUUCAGAGACAGGCUUCACUUCUAAAGAUGCCCCUAACAAAGAUAUUUUGAAUCUAGAAGGUCGCUCAAAAUCUAAAACGGGUCGUGAUUCAAUAUUGUCUGAAGGUACAAGAGACGUUACGGCUACUACAGAUACUACAGCUAAUGAAAGGGAAUUAGCUCAUGUUCCUUUAGCUGGCAAUACUAAUAUUACUGACGAAAAAGCUGCUGAAAAAUUAGCUGCAGAUACAACUACAAUUAAAGAAUCUUCUCAAAUACAAGUUGGUAUGGAUAUGGCAACAACUGAGUCUACUAAUACUGCUGCCACUACGAAAGAAUCCUCAUUAGCAGAAGCUACCUUAGGGGCUAUUGAUUCUAAAACAAAGCGACCUCUUAGUACACCAACAAUUGGGUCACCUAAAGCUGCAACAGGCGCAACACCAUCAGAUGUCCAAGUUGUAAUUGAUAUGACGGAAACAGAUUCAAAAAUGACUGAAGAAGGAACAGAAGGCGAGAGUACGUUGAAGCAAAACGUAAAUACUAUGUUAGAUAAAUUAACAACAGCUAUAGAGGAGCAGGUAGGUAAAACAUUUAAUACAUUAGAAAGUAAAUUAUAUGAAGAUAAGACUACAGAAGACAAGAAAACAAACGAAGGUGCAAAAGACAAAGAAAGUAUUGUAUCCUUUAGUGAUAUUUCAUCUAAUGAAGAGGAGGAAGUUACCGAAACCACGCUAAUGGUACAAAGCCCUUACAUUAAUGAAGCGGUAUCAACACCUACAUCAGAUACUAAAGAUACAAUAAAUACACUUCCUAACCCUGGCCAAGACAUCAACGAAACUCAGCCUGAUAAAUCAGCAAAGACUACUAAAGAAAAUGUUAUUGACAAGGCAAUCGAUCUUUUAUAUCCUAACUUAGAAACUGAGAAUAAUGUAAGUCAGGUUAAUAGCCCACAAGCCAGUAAAACUGUUGUGCAAGGUAUUCUUAAGUCUACUCAGGCUCCUCCAGCAUCGAGUGUACAAACCACUCCACCUGUCAGAGAGACUGCUCCUAUACAGGCAAGUACAAGUGUUCAAGCUGCCCAACAUAUAAGUAGGCCACCUCCUAAUCCGAUAACUACGGGCACACAAGCAUCCCUGGCUUCAACUAGUGUUCAAGUUUCGAAAUACCAACAGGAUAUUGAUACAUCUCAAGAAACCAAAAGUAUUCAAGCUGCACAACGUGGUAAAGAUAUUACAGCUACUAAAGAUGUAAUAGGUACCCAAACACCUCUCACAAUUAGGGAUGAACAACCCAUUCUUGAUACCAAAGUUACACAGCAGACGCAACCUCUAAAAGAAGCCAAUGUGCCUCCCACCGGUAAAUCAGAGGGCGUCGAAAAAUUAGUGUCAUUUUUGUCAGAAAUAACUAUCAGAUCUGAAGACAUCGAUAAUAGUUCUAGAGCUAUGCUAGUUAAUCCACAACCUCCGCCAUCAUUUGAAGAAGAAGUAGCGCAUAAGAGUUCACUUUCAAAAAAAUCGACAGUUUCCCACCCUACUGCUAUUUCGUCGGACAAUAAACCUGCUCGUGAACCUUCAUUGCAACCCCUAAAGUUACCACCGGUAUCUGCUUCUGAAUUGAAACUAACUCAAUAUUUAUCUGAAGAAGAAGUUGUUCCUGCCAUAGAUCUCGAUGCAACAACUAUCUCGAAAACAUCUGAUGAUGCGUCCUCAGCUGGACCAUCGAGGACUAUGGAGUCAGCACAAAAAUCUGAAAAACAACCUGACGAUAAGCAAAAGGAGCAAAAUUCUGCAGAAGAAAUGAAAGGAAAAGGCACUCGCUCAUCGGCCUCUAGGCGUUUCGUUCGUGUGCGAUACGAAGAAAAUGACGCUGAAAAGAAACUGCCAGAAACAUUGCUGGAGAGUAAAGAUAAUGUUGCAACCUCCUCGGACCAACAUCUGAAUUAUUUCACCAUGGACAGUGAUGAGCCUAAUCCAAUAAAUGCUCAGCACAGUGCAAAUGAGGAUCAGAGUUCGCAAAGUCAAACAUCCGUAUCGAAUACAUCUGGCGUGAAUAAAACUAAAAAUCAAUCUUUUAAAAGACGCUCAGAUUGA